GCGCCCUGCAACCCUUGUACACUUACAUCGACAAUGCAAGUACAGUAACAGCAAGUCUUUGAACCUUUGCUCGGUGUGAGUCUGUGUAGUUUGAUGCAAAGAAAGAAAGAGAUAAAAAUAAUAAGUCCAAGUAUUUCAACCCCUGGUCGAGACAAAGCAUCCGACGACUUAACAACAAACCACUUCUGUACUAUUAAUAACUUCAUUAACAAAACAACAGUCGUCAAUAAUAUAUUUUGCUUAAGAUAAAUUCUAUAUUUAAAUAAGUAAUAAAUCAGUGGUUAAAUUAUUAGACAUUAUACCAAAAAUAAUAAUAGUAAAAAAAUAAAAUGGCAUUAGAUUUUGCAGCUACGUACAAAGUGUUAGUUCUCGGUGAUUCUAAUGUCGGAAAAACUUGUAUUGUUCAUAGAUACUGUGACGAACGUUAUUACGAUACAUAUAUAUCAACUAUUGGAAUCGAUUUCAAACAGAAAAUUAUUAAUUUAGAUGGCACUCCGAUAAAGUUACAAAUUUGGGACACUGCUGGUCAAGAAAGAUUUCGCACAUUAACGACAGCUUAUUAUCGAGGUGCAAUGGGAAUAUUAUUAAUGUAUGACGUGACAAGUCUCGACAGUUUUAAUCACUUGUCCUAUUGGCUGCGGAACAUACAAGAGAAUGCGUCACCAGAUGUUGUCAAAGUACUGACGGCAAACAAAUGCGACGCGACAAAUAAUCGCGCCGUAGAUGCAGAGCGGGGUCAAAAAAUAGCAGAUAAUUUCGACAUGCCCUUCUUCGAAGUUUCCUGCAAAGAAAAUAUAAAUAUUGAGGAUGCUUUUUUGACUCUCGCACGGAGAAUACGGGAACAACGAGGCCGAAGGGCCAGUUUAUUCGAAGCAUCCGAACGUGAAGGUGCUGAUAGUAUCAUAAAAGCUCAGUCGCCCUCGCAGCAAGGAGAUGCUUGGAGGUGUUCAUGUUAGCCAAUUAAUCACUUUAAGUAUAUUAAAUUUACUUCAUUUAAAAUUUUCUUAUUAUUUUAGUUAAAAAGGAAGGUCUAAAAAAAUUUUUAGCUCUUAGCUUCGACGGAAAAAAAAGUCCUGUUUAAAUUACGGUAAAAACUAGAAAAUUUACAAUUUCUUAAAAUGUUAUUUUUAUAUUUUAUAAUAAAAAAAAAUUUUUUUUUUUCAAGUAAAUUUUUAGCUGAAAUAAAGUAGUGUUCUUGAGGAAAAAAUACCAAAGUUUAAUCUUUAAAGCAAUAUUUGCCUAUUUCAAGAACUUGUCUAUUAAAAUAAAGAUAUAUAUAUACUGUAAAAAAGCGGUGUUAAAAAUGGACUCAUUUUAACACCG